AUGGCGAAAAAGCAAGAUGCUAAGUCACCCACAUACAACCUUAUUGUGGUGGGUUUGUCAGGGACUGAGAAAGAGAAGGGCCAGUGUGGCGUGGGCAAGUCCUGUCUGUGCAACCGCUUUGUGCGCCCCAGCGCCGAUGACUUCUAUCUGGACCACACAUCAGUGCUGAGCACCAGUGACUUUGGGGGCAGAGUGGUUAACAAUGACCACUUCCUGUUCUGGGGGGAGGUGGGCCGGGUGGUGGAGGAGGGGCCGGAGUGCAGGAUGCAUGUGGUGGAGCAGACAGAGUUCAUUGAUGACCAGACGUUCCAGCCACACCGCAGUACUGCCAUGCAGCCCUACAUCAAGAGGGCGGCCUCCACCAAGCUGGCCUCUGCAGAGAAGCUGAUGUACUUCUGCACGGACCAGCUGGGGCUGGAGCAGGACUUUGAGCAGAAGCAGAUGCCUGAGGGCAAGAUACAGGCUGACGGAUUCAUGCUCUGUGUGGACGUCAGUAGGGGGAUGAACCGCAACUUUGACGACCAGUUGAAGUUUGUCACAAACCUUUACGGUCAGCUGAGCAAAACAAAGAAGCCCAUUGUGCUGGUCUUAACCAAGUGCGAUGAGGGAGUUGAACGCUACAUCAAAGAUUCUCACACCUUUGCUAUCACUAAAAAGAGUCUUCCAGUGGUGGAGACGUCUGCGCGCUCUAACAUCAAUGUUGACCUAGCCUUCCUUACUUUGGUGCAACUCAUUGAUAAGAGCAGGGGCAAGCCCAAGAUCAUUCCUUACUUUGAGGCCCUCAAGCUCCAGAGUCAGCAGAUAGCCUUGGCUAAAGACCGAUACGAAUGGCUAGUCAACCGCAUCGUGAAGAACCACAACGAGACCUGGCUUAACACCAGCCGACGCAUGCACACCUCUUCAGAGUUCAAUGAAUACGUCUUUCUGGAGGGUACAGCAAAAUGCAAGAAGCUCUUCCAGCAGCUUGUGUACCGUUUGAAACAGGAGCACAUUGAGAGACGUCGGAAAAUCUAUCUGAGCACUCUUCCUCUAGCACUUAGCUCCCUGGUGCCUGACCUGGGUGAGAUUGACCAGCUGAGCUGGUCUGGGGUUCAGAAGGUCCUGGAGUCCAAGCAGCACUUUGCCCACUGGUUUGUGGUUCUGGAGGACUCUCCAUGGGAGGACACGUCUCACAUAGACAACAUGGAGGAUGAGCGCAUCCCCUCAGACCUGCUGGAGACGGCCCCAGCCGAGGACAUUUUCGACACCCACCUGGAGCACCUGAGGAAUGAGUGCAAGCGGGCUGAGAUGAGGCAGGAGUUCAAGCACAAGCUGGCCUGUUCUCCCUUUGUCACGCCUGGAAAGCCCUGGGAAGAGUCCCGCAGCUUCAUCAUGAAUGAAGACUUCUACCAAUGGUUGGAGGAAUCAGAGUACCUGGACCUCUACAACCGCCACCAGAAAGAGAUCAUCGGCCACGCUAAAGAGGACUUCCAGGAGCUUCUGCUGGAGUACUCUGAGCUCUUCUAUGAGCUGGAGGUGGACGCGAAGCCCAGCAAGGAGAAGAUGGGGGCCAUCCAGGAGGUUUUAGGGGAGGAGCAGCGGUUCAAAGCCCUGCAGAAGCUUCCAGCUGAGAGAGAUGCUCUGGUGUUGAAGCAUAUCCACUUUGUCUACCACCCCACCAAGGAGACCUGCCCCAGCAGCCCACAGUGUGGCGACUUCAAGAUAGAGCAGCUCCUGGCUUCACGCUUCCCAACAUGCUACCCAUUCUUCGACGUGAAGUCCCAUUUUGGGGAAAUGAAAGCAGACCGAAUCAACCUUGUGAUAUUGGGCAAAGACGGACUGGCUAGGGAGUUUGCAAAUGAGAUCAGAGCUCUCUGUACCAAUGAUGACCGGUAUGUGUUGGAUGGGAAGAUGUAUGAGCUCACCCUGCGACCUAUCGAGGGCAACGUACGACUUCCUGUAAACUCCUUCCACACUCCCACCUUCACACCCCAUGGGUGCAUGUGUCUGUACAACUCAAAAGAGUCCUUAACCUACGUCGUAGAAAGCAUUGAGAGGUUGCGGGAGUCAACAAUCGGUAGAAGGGACAGCCAUAUAGCUCAGCUUUUAACGUCUCUGCUCUUGGUUACUAAAAGGGGUGUAGGGACGUAUGCAGAUAUUGGGGGAGAAACUGCUUUAGGUCUGAUAACACAGGGACAGCAGGUAGCAAGGAGACUGCAGUGUAGCUUCCUAGACCCAGCCUCCCCUGGUGUGGGCUAUGGGCACAAUGUGAAUGAGAGUCAGAUCAACCAAGUAUUGAGGGGUCUUCUGGACUCUAGAAGGAGCUCAUCUUUCAGUAGCAGCUCCCCACCUCUGCCCCCUCAACCUCCAGGUCCCAGAGACUCUCCUCACCAGCCCAGCCCAGAGGCAGACAUCCGCAUCGUCAUGUGCUUGAUGUGUGGAGACAACUACGACGUGGAACAGCUCCUAUCUCCCUUCCUACUGCCUCAGCACUGCAGGCCAACAUCCAACAGUGGAACCUCAGUGAUACUGGAGCAGACAGUGGGACCUCACAAACAGGUGAUUGAGCUCUCCCUCCUUUCCUACCACGCCUCCUUCUCCCUGAGGAAGAGCAGAUUAGUGCACGGUUACAUCGCUGUGUACUCAGCCCGCCGCAAGGCCUCUCUGGAGACCCUGUGUGCCUUCCUGUGUGAGGUCCAGGACAUCAUUCCUGUUCAGGUGCUGGCCGUAGGGGAGAGCCAGGUGGAGCUCACAGAGAGUGAGUCUGCCAGAGAGCAGCUGGUCCAGGGAGAGGAGCUGGCCCAAGAGAUAGAGGGCAGGUUCAACAGUGUGGUGUGUGGGUCCGGAGGGGUGGUGGGCGGCCUGCACAGGAUAGAGAUGUUCCAGCCCUUCCUGAUGGAGGUGGUGGAGAAACGCAACAUCGUGGAGGCCACUCACAUGUAUGAUAACGUGGCUGAGGCCUGCAUUAACGAGACUGCCUACUCCCCUCGCUGUAGCUCCCCCAGCCCCGGCACCAUGUUCCUAGACUCUGACAUGGAUGACGUGGAGCCCUCCCCACCUUACUACGAUGGCACACUCACCUCCCAUGGUGGGAGCUUCAAUCUGCCUGACCUGGACUCCAGCGAUGUUUCUGUCAUCUCUGACAUCAGCUCCUUUGAGAACAAGCUCAACAGCAAAGCCCCUCUCCAGGUGAGACCCAAGCCCACUGUGACAUUUGACUUCCGGAAGGUGGGCCGAAACCCCUACAACACAGACACCAUGGGCCACCGUCGCUCCCUGCCCUCCGCUGUGACAUGGGUGCCCGGUGGGGAAGGAGGUUACGACCCCUCGGACUAUGCAGAGCCCAUGGAUGCUGUGUCCAAGCCCCGGGCCAGCAAUGAGGAGAUCAUAUACUCUGUGCCCCACGACAGCACGCAGGGCAAGAUUAUUACCAUCCGCAAUGCCAACCGGAUGCACUCCAACGGGAACGGCUCAGACAGUGAGGUGGACAGCAGCUCCCUGGAGCGCCAUAAGAAGUUAUCGGCGGCGGGGGUAAAGCCACGGCUGUACCGCGACCGCUCCAAACGCCUGGGCAAGUUCAGCAGCUUCCGCACCAGCUUCAUUGGCAGUGACGACGAGAUGGGGGCCCUGCCAAAAACCAAGGAGGAUGAGUUCGGAACCCUGAAAGGAGACAUCAUCAACGAGGAGGGAGAGGACCCCAAGAAAAGGAACAUUCUGAAGAGCCUGCGGCGAACUGCCAAGGUAUGUAUUGCUACAGUUAGUAGUCUCCUCUUAACUGCUAAUGCGUAAACACUAUGCUUUUCAGGCUUGAAAGACUAUUCUCUUUCAAGUGUAGGUAAUUGGCCAGCUUUGAUACGAUAAAUGUGGUUAAGUAAUGACAACAUGGUUAAUAUGAUUUUCCAUGUAGUCUCUUUACUUUUGAAAACUCUUUUGAUGGGUAAUUGCUUGAUUUGGUUUACUCAAAACUGUUCCUCCAUGCUAAUAUGCUAUUCAUAGAAAGUAAGUUAUUCAUGUGAAAUUCCAAAGUGUGUGGGUAGAAUUUAAGAAGAAAGCAGCCUGUAUUUCAGAGUUACUGAGACACUUGAAACAGCAGCUGUUGAUUCUGAUGGUGAAUACAUAAAGGCAAAUCUUGCAGCUGACGCAGCUGAAUUGAACAUAGUGUUGACAUAAUGAACAAAAAUCUAAUAUAGACAUCUAUGGUCAUUAACAAUGUCAACAUUCCUGUGUGUCUCUGCAGAAAACCAGACCAAAGCCUCGGCCCUCUAUUCCUAAGCCCCUGGAGAGCAGCUACUUCGGAGUGCCCCUGGUCAACGUGGUGUCCCCAGACAGACCUAUCCCACUCUUCAUCGACAAGUGUGUCCGCUUCAUUGAGACCACAGGUAGGUCACUAUUUUCUGUCUCUUCUUCUCCCCUGUGUGUGUAUUUGUCUGAUUCAUUAUGCUAUUUGGCUUGGAUGCUGUGCAAAACAUACAAAUAAUAUUAUUUAUUGAUAAUAGGUUAAUUCUGAGGUAAAUCUGUGUUGCUGAAGGAUGAAACGGUGUAAUUUAUUUUGUUGCACUGUGAUUGUUUUACUUACAAUACACACAUUAUGUGGUUGUUUAAUUUCAAUGUGCUUUAGUGUAAGCUGUUCUGGGUGAGGGCGUUAUCUUUCUUCUAUUUACAUUUAAUAAGCAAAGAAGAACUAACUACCCUACAGCAAAUGUAGUCAAUGAUCAACUGCUGUAUUGCAGCAGUGUCCUCAUUGACUUCACUGGAAAUGGAUGAUGACAUAAUGCAGAUGGUAGAGUUGAUCUAAUGAAGCAUGCUUCCUGGUUUCCAUCUCUGUCUGUCUGUCUCUCUGCAGGUCUCAACACAGAGGGGCUCUACAGGGUGAGCGGGAACAAGUGUGAGAUGGAGAGCAUGCAGAGGCAGUUUGACCAGGGUGAGUUGCUGUACCUAGUCCUGUCUGUCUGGUCUAAAACAAUGUAUCAGACCCAUAGAGGGAUUGCCUAAUACUCACCACACUGUCUGUCCCCAAUACCUGGACUAACCCUGGUUAGUUAUGUGGCUAAUCAAUAUAUAGACACAUGAGCUGCAGGGGAAAUGACGUAAACAUAAAUGUAUUUAGAACAGUGACAAAGUGACUGCCUCUGACACACUAUCCCCAUCCUUUUCUCCUUCUCUACCUCUUUUUCUCCCCCUUUCCUUCUAUCCCUCACCUCCUUUCCUUCUAUCCCUCACCUCCUUUCCUUCUAUCCAUCACCUCCUUUCCUUCUAUCCCUCACCUCCUUUCCUUCUAUCCCGCACCUCCUUUCCUUCUAUCCCUCACCUCCUUUCCUUCUAUCCCGCACCUCCUUUCCUUCUAUCCCGCACCUCCUUUCCUUCUAUCCCUCACCUCCUUUCCUUCUAUCCCGCACCUCCUUUCCUUCUAUCCCGCACCUCCUUUCCUUCUAUCCCGCACCUCCUUUCCUUCUAUCCCUCACCUCCUUUCCUUCUAUCCCGCACCUCCUUUCCUUCUAUCCCGCACCUCCUUUCCUUCUAUCCCGCACCUCCUUUCCUUCUAUCCCUCACCUCCUUUCCUUCUAUCCCUCACCUCCUUUUCUUCUAUCCCUCACCUCCCUCUUCUUCUCCCUCUCUCGCCUCUUUUUCUACAUCUCACUUUCCUUUACGUCUCUUCUUCCCUCUACCCCUCUAGACCAUGGGCUGGACCUGGUGGAGAAGGACUUUGCCAUCAACACGGUGGCUGGGGCUCUGAAGGCCUUUUUCUCUGAGCUGCCAGAGCCCCUGGUGCCCUGCAUCCUGCAAGUGGAGCUGCUCGAGGCCUUCAGUAAGACAUGGAGCUGACUGGGGUUAGGGAUGAGUUCUGGAGGGUUCAGUAAAACAUUGAUCAUUAGAAAACCCUUUUGCAAUUAUGUUAGCACAGCUGAAAACUGUUGUGCUGAUUAAAGAAGCAAUAAAACUGGCCUUCUUGAGACUAGUUGAGUAUCUGGAGCAUCAGCAAUCUUGGGUUCGAUUACAGGCUCAAAAUGGCCAGAAACAAACAACUUUCUUCUGAAACUCGUCAGUCUAUUCUUGUUCUGAGAAAUGGCUAUUCCAUGCGAGAAAUUGCCAAGAAACUGAAGACAGCGAACAUAAUUGCAAAAGGGUUUUCUAAUGAUCAAUUAGCCUUUUAAAAUGAAAAACUUGGAUUAGCAAACACAACGUGCCAUUAGAACAUAGGACUGAUGGUUGCUGAUAAACGCCUAUAUAGGUAUUCCAUUAAAAAUCAGCCGUUUCCAGCUACAAUAGCCAUUUACAACAUUAACAAUGUCUACACUGUAUUUCUGUCUACACUAUAAUUUGUCUACACUAUAAUUUGAUGUUAUUUUAAUGGACCAAAAAAUUGCUUUUCUUUCGAAAACAAGGAAAUGUCUAAGUGACCCCAAACUUUUGAACGGUAGUAUGUAUAUAUAUAUAUAUAGUGCUGCAUAUGGAGUAACAGAUGGAGUAACCGUGUUGAUAACAUAUGAGUCAUAGCAUUGACCCCCUCCCUCCCUCCCCUCCCCUGUGUGUGUGCACAGAGAUCAACGACAGGGAACAGAGGCUGUACACCAUGAAGGAUGUGCUGAGGAAGUUCCCCAGGGAGAACUAUGACGUCUUCAGAUUUGUCAUGAGCCACUUACGCAAGUGAGUGCAGAUCAGACUGGCCAACUGUUCCAUUCUAUGACCUUGCCCCUGACUGCAUUGUGACUGAAACCGUUUGCACGUUUUGUAACGUACAGUAUCAAGUAGCUCUUAUACCUGUGUAAUAAUGUUGUUAUGAGUAAUAGUGAUAUUGUUGUUGAUGGAAGUGUAUUGUGUUGUCUCUCUCAGGGUGACCCAGCUGAGCAGACAGAACCUGAUGACCAGUGAGAAUCUGUCCAUCUGUUUCUGGCCUACUCUGAUGCGGCCAGACUUCACCACCAUGGACGCCCUGACGGCCACGCGGACCUACCAGACAAUCAUCGAGACCUUCAUCCACCAGUGUGCUUUCUUCUUCUACAACCAGCCCCUUCUGGACUCCCCCACUGGCCUGGCUGGCCUCCCUGCCUCCCCCACCACCACCCUUACCGGGGGCUCUGCCUACUCCUGCUACCGCUCCUCCCCUCCCCCCACUGCCACGCACUUCAACCCCCUGCAGCAGUCGCCCCCGACCACCCCCCAGUCUCCCCUGCAGUCCCUCCUGACGCCCCUCCACCAACACCCCCACCAUGCCCCCACCGAGCAAGAGACACUGUGA